AGAGCUGCUUGAGUCAUGUGACUGGGAGGAAGGAAGAUGGCUGCGGAGGCGCAGGUGGACUUCGUGGCCCUGCAGAGCUUGCUGAAGGCCUCCUCGAAAGAUGUCGUCAGACAGCUGUGCCAAGAGAGCUUUUCCAGUUCAGCUCUUGGCUCAAAGAAACUGUUGGACAUCACAUGUUCCAGUUUGUCAGUGACCCAGGAGGAAGCCGAUCAACUGAUCCGUGCCCUGCACCGCCUCACCAGGCUGGUGGCCUACCGGGACCUGACUGCUAGUGAGGCAAUUCUUGCUUUGUUCCCUGAAAACUUCCACCAAAACCUCAAAAACCUGUUGACGAAAAUCAUCAUGGAACACGUGCCUGCAUGGAGGAAGGAGGCCCAGACAAAUCAAAUCUCCUUGCCUCGACUCGUUGACUUGGACUGGAGAGUAGAUGUCAAGAUGGCCUCGGACAGCAUCACCCGAAUGGCCGUGCCCACCUGCCUGCUCCAGAUGAAGAUCCAGGAGGAUGCCAGCCUGUGCGGGGACAAGCCUGCCAUCUCAGCCGUCACCAUGGAGCUGAGCAAAGAAACGCUGGACACCAUGCUAGAUGGCUUGGGCCGGAUUCGGGACCAGCUUUCGGCUGUGGCCAAUAAGUGACCGUCCCUCAUGCUACUGCCCCUGCUGGCCCCCAGUUGGAAGGGGACCCUCGGAGAGUGCCGGGGCACCCGUGCUGGGUGGGGCUCACCAGGUGUGGUGCUAACCAGAAGGAGCAUGGACUGGUAAGAGGCACUUCACACGCUACACCCAAAGCUCGUCCUCUCAUCAGUCUUCCUUUUCUUUCCCCUUGUUUUCUCCUUCAGAUUGAGGCCCAGAGGUCUCCCAGAGGCUUCUGUGCUUGUUGUCAUUACAGAGGCAGCAGCGAGGGAGGGAAUGGGGCUCUACCAGCUGCAUGUGCGGCUGCUGGGGAGACUAGGGAUGGAGCUGCUGAGCUGGACUGACAAGCUCCUGGAACUUGGGAGGGCGUUGCCUUGGGUGAGAGGGACAGCUCCCAUCCCCCUCCAGUUCCAGGCCCUCGAGUGGGCUUCUGCUGAUCUUAGACAAAGGCCAGAAGAAUGGGACCUUCGGGCCACCCCUGUGCCCGUGCAGGCCGAGCCUGGGGGCAAAGCCUCUCCAGCAGGGCUCACCUCACAGCAGCCUCGGAACUGGUGCUGGGGGCCAGGCAAGAGCUUGGGGCUCUUGUCUGGGCUCAGAACAGGCAGAUCUCGCCACUGUUGGGAGGCAGUUGGAAAUAAACAUCAGUGCUAAAA